AUGUUUUUAUCUGUAGGUGCAUACAAGCCUGUGGAAUGUCCAACCUCUCAAGACUCUGAAUUCAUCCUCUUGGGACUCUCCACAAGGCCUGAGGACCAGAAGCCACUCUUUGCCCUCUUUCUUAUCAUAUACCUUGUCACCCUGAUGGGGAAUCUGAUCAUCAUCUUGACUAUCCACUCUAAUCCUCAACUCCAAACUCCUAUGUAUUUCUUCCUAACCUUUCUGUCCUUUGUAGAUAUUUGCUACACAACAGUCAUAGUUCCCAAGAUGCUGGUGAACUUCUUAUCAGAAAAAAAAACCAUUUCCUACGCUGAAUGUCUGACACAGAUAUAUUUCUUCCUGAUCUUUGGAAACAUAGACAGUUACCUCCUGGCAGCUAUGGCCAUGGAUCACUACAUAGCCAUUUGCAACCCUUUAUAUUAUGUCACUGCUAUGAACCACUGGUGUUGUAUGAUGCUGCUGGCCUUCUGUGUUACUUUCUCUUGUCUCCACUCUCUCCUACACCUUCUGGCAAAUCAGCUCACUUUUUGUGCAUCAAAGGUUAUUCGUCACUUUUUUUGUGAUUUCAACCCUGUUCUGAAACUGUCUUGCUCCUCUACUUUUGUUAAUGGAGUGGUGGCCAUGACAGAAGGACUGGCCUCUGUGAUGCUUCCAUUUGUCUGCAUCCUCAUCUCUUACCUGAGAAUCCUCAUUGCUGUUCUCAAGAUUCCUUCAGCUGCUGGAAAACGCAAAGCCUUCUCCACCUGCAGCUCCCAUCUCACUGUGGUGACCUUUUAUGGGAGUAUUAGCUACAUAUAUUUUCAGCCUUUGUCCAGAUACACUGUCAAGGACCAAAUAGCAUCAAUCAACUACACAGUGUUAACAUCAAUGUUGAACCCAUUUAUCUACAGUUUGAGAAACAAAGACAUGAAGCGGGGCUUAGAGAAGUUAAUAAACAAGAUUAAGUAUCAAAUACAUAGAUUUUCUUCUACAAAAGCCAAUAGAAUCCAGGGACCCUGA